AUGCCGCACCGCGCCCCGACGCCGCCGCGUACCUUCACCCUCCCCGACCUCGAAGGGCACUGCCCGUACGCCCUCGCCCUAAACCCGCACACCUCCCCCGUCGCGCGCGCGUCCGAAGCCUGGCUCCUCGCGCACGCGCACGCCUCGGGCCCGAAGCGCGCCCGCGCCGCGAUCCGCCGCCUGCGCGCGGGCGAGCUCGCGGGCGCGUGCUACCCCGGCGCGUGCGCGCAGGCGCUGCGCGACGGCGCGGACUUCCUCGGCUUCCUCUUCACGCUCGACGACUGGUCGGACGAGUUCCGGGGCGGGCGCGACGCGGGGGGGCUCGCGGCGUGCGUCAUGGGCGCGCUCGCAGACCCGAACGGGUGCCGGAGCACGAAGGCUGCGGGGCGGCUCGCGCAGAGCAUCGGAGCGCGACUGCACGAGAACGCGGGACCGCGGUGUGGACGGCGGUUCAUGGAGACGAUGGACCUGUUUUUCCGCGCGGUGGCGCAACAAGCGAAAGACAGGACGCGCGGCGACGUCCCGUCCUUCGAGGAGUACGUCGCGCUGCGCUGGGACACGAGCGGCUGCAAGCCGUGCUUCGCGCUCAUCGAGUACGCGGCGGGGAUCGACCUCCCGGACGAGGUCGCGAGCCAUCCGACCGUGCGCGCGCUCGAGGAGGCCGCGAACUCGUACAUCUCGUGGUCGAAUGACAUAUUCUCCUACAACGUGGAGCAGGCCCGCGGAGACUCGCACAACAUGCUCGUAGUGGUCAUGCAGCGCCAUGCGAUCAGCCUGCAAGAGGCCGUCGACUUCGUGGGGGGACUCUGCGAUGCGUCUAUCGCGCGCUUCGAGCAUGACCGGCGCACGCUCCCUUCGUGGGGGCCCGAAGUGGACCGCGCAGUCGCGGCGUACGUCCAAGGGCUGCAGGACUGGAUGGUCGGCACGCUACACUGGAGCUUCGAGUCUGGACGGUACUUCGGGGAUGAGGGUGGACACAUCAAGAAAAGUCGUAUCUCUGGCACGCACUGCAGUAGUCAUAGUAGUCAACUCAUCUCACGACUGAGCCUCUUCCUCACCAACAUGAAGUAA